UAGACGUCUAUGUUUCACUUCGCUUAAAGCAUAGUUUAUGCACAUUUAUACCUAAGAAAAGAUCGGCAGUUACUCAAGUAGUUUCGAGCAGUUGAAAAUUCGGCUUUAAGAGGGAAAGAAACCCUAAACCUCUUCCUUGAAUUCCAGCCAAAACCCUUCCUCGAACACACAAGCCAUCGCCACAAUGCGGACGACACCACACUCGAUCGUCCGAGCGCUGGGCCUUCUCCUCACCGGUCACUGCCUCUUCGCCGCCGCCGCCGCCAGCGUUCCUCAUCUCGUCGGCGACUCCAUUUGGUCGAUUCCCACCAGCGACGAUUUCUACACCCGCUGGGCCGAGAACCGGUCCUUCUCCGUCGGUGAUUCCUUGACGUUCAGAUUCGAGGUGGGGUUUUACGACGCCGUCCAGGUCUCCAGGCGGGAGUUCGACGACUGCACCGCGGAGAAUCCCUUCCGGUCGUUCCCGGAGGGUCCGGCGACGGUGAGAUUAAACGAAGAAGGCGUGCAUUACUUCGUGUGCAGCUUCGGGAAUUACUGCCGCCUCGGCCAAAAGGUCGCCGUCUCCGUUCGACGGAAGCUUCCACGGCGCGCUGCUCCUCCUCCUCCUUGAGAUCGAUGCGAAAACAGAAAAGAAAAGGGAAAGUCACUUGAUUGCCGUUGUUAAUUCAUGUGCUGUGAUUUAUUAAAUGUAUUUUUGUGUGCGCAAAAAAUUUACAGUAUGAAUAUUAUAUUUUACUUUAUGUGUGUUUGGUUUCAUGUGAUUGAA